AUGUCGUCGAUACGCGAUAUGGUCCGCCGGAAGCUGCUGCAGGACAUGCUCCGGUUUGUCCAGCCCCCAAAGCGAUACAAGAUUCUCAUAGUCGAUCCCGUUUCGCUCAAGAUUCUCAGCGGGAUCCUCAAGCAACACGAGCUCACAAACGAAAACGUCAUGCUGACCGAGGACAUCCACAGAUCGAGGUCGCCCUAUCCCGAACAUGACGCCAUCUACUUCAUCACCCCGACCGACGCCGUGGUCUCCAAGAUCAUCGACGACUUUACUCCAAAGCCGUCCUAUGCCGCUGCGCACAUCUUCUGCACUUCACCCAUAUCCGAUGCCCUCGUCGAUCGGCUGACAAAGUCGCCCGCUCGGCAGUAUCUCAAGAACCUCAAGGACUCAAACGUCGACUUUCUGGCAAUCGAGCAACAGAUCUUUUCCCUGGAUCUACCGGGCUCCUUGUAUGCUCUCUACAACCCUCCUUCGAUCCCGGACCUCAACAGCCAUUUGCACUUCCUUGCAAAGCGGAUGACCUCGGUCCUCACCACACUCGGAGACUACCCAUCCAUACGAUACCACGAUCCCUCUGGAUCAAACUGCAGUCUUUCCUUCAAAUUCGCCAGCUACCUCAAGGACGAACUCGAUGAGACCUGCAAGAAUACCCCCGACUUUCCCGCCCAGAACAACUUCAAGAAGCCCAUCCUCAUCAUCCUGGAUCGCUCUGUGGAUGUCAUGGCGCCGGUCCUGCACGAGUUCACUUAUCAGGCCAUGAUGAACGACCUGCUCACCCUCGAGGACGGCAAGUACAGAUAUCGUGCCGAAAGCAGCGAGAAAGCUAACACAGCCUCGUUGGACGACCGCGACCCAAUCUGGAUGCUCAUCCGACACUGGCAUUUUGCCGAGGCCGUUGACUAUAUUCGAGAAUCCUUCUCCAAGUUCCUUUCUGAGAACAAGGCCGCAGCCAAUGCUGUCAACAAGGAUUCGGCCGAGGGGAGCCCAAAAGGCAUCGAGAGCUUGAAGGAUAUGAAAGACACCCUUGCUGCUCUUCCACAGUUCCAGGAAAUGAAGUCCAAAUUUUCGGCACACAUCAAUAUCUGCCAAGAAUGCCAAAGCGAGUUCAGCAACCGGAAGCUUGCAAGCCUGGCGGCCGUUGAGCAGGAUCUGGCUUGUGGAGAGACAGCAGACGGAAACAAGCCCCGGAACAUCAUGCUCGAUUUGGUUCCUGUGCUCGACAAGAAUGGUGGUCCAACAAACUACGACAAGCUGAGGGUGCUGAUGUUAUACAUCAUCGCCUCGGGCGGAAUCCAGGACAUGGAGAGGCGCAAGUUGCUGGAGCAUGCCAGCCUCAGCCUCGAAGAGUCACAGGCAAUCACCAACCUGAGCUACCUGGGUGUCCGCCUCUCGGCAAACUCUGACAAGCCCAGUGCUGCAGACACUGCCAAGAAGGGCAAAUAUGUCUACUUUGUACAAAAGAAGGAAAAGAAGAAGAAGAAGCGAAAGGCAGACGACCAGAUGCCGUACGAGCUCAGCCGAUACGUCCCUCUGCUCAAGCUCAUUAUGGAGGACCAAAUCAUGGGCUGCGUCGAUCCAACUUCGUUCCCAUGGGCAACAUCACAGCCAAACGACGACACCAAGCUUGCCAAUACGAACAGAACAGCAGUCAUCUCCCCUGUCGUCUCCAAUCCAAACCCAAAUUCGCUGCGAACCACAAGGGCGAGCUGGGCCAACAAAAAGUCCGGCCUCGACAGCGCCAAAGAUGCUGGCGGAAUCAGCUCCGCCAGCGGCGGUGGCGCCUCCGGAGCCUCGCCCGACUAUGACCUCCGCAACAAUGGCCCGCGAAUCAUUGUGUUUGUUCUCGGCGGCAUCACCUUCUCGGAAAUCAGGAGCACCUACGAGCUCGUCAAGGAGUACGGCCGUGACAUUGUCCUGGGCUCAACCCAUAUCUUGAACCCAACGCAGUUUGUGAACGCGUGCAAGGAGCUUCACAAGCCUCAGGAAGUACCCACUGGUGAUGUAUCGACGAUCGGAACGGCAUCUGUGCCGGCUUCGCGAAGCAACAUGGCCCUCAGCGAGGAGAACGAAGAGCCGAGCCAUGCUGCUGAGACCGGAAAGAAGAAAAAGGGUGUCCUCGGCGUCUUCAAGAAGAAGGACAAGUCCGAAAAGUGAUGGAGGGUGGAGGCACCUCCCCCCUAACGAAACGACAACAAGAUAUAUGGUGUCGGCGGAAUGAGCCGCACCAGACAAGCCCCUCACUCGACCCGUUGUCACGGCCGAUUGUGGCUGGGUCGGGCAUCGCGGUUGGCAUACAGCCCAAAACCCAUCCUCAGCGUCAGCGCGAGUCAAGAUCGUUGUCAGCCAUCUCUAUUGCCA